UCAUUGAAUUUGCAAAAAUGGUGCCUGGUUUUAUGAAACUCUCACAGGAUGAUCAAAUUGUGCUUCUUAAAGCAGGUAGUUUUGAGCUUGCUGUGUUACGGAUGAGUCGAUAUUAUGAUCUAAGUCAAAAUAGUGUACUCUAUUCUGACACAAUGCUGCCACAAGAUGCCUUCUAUACUAAUGAGACUGCUGAAAUGAAGCUGGUGACAUGUGUGUUUGAAUUUGCAAAAAGUGUAGCUGAACUGAAGUUAACAGAAACAGAACUGGCAUUAUAUUCAGCAUGCAUUCUGCUUUCAACAGAUCGCCCAGGCCUUAAAGGUUUGGCUGAAAUCAGCCGACUGAGUCAAGCAGUGUUGAGAGCACUGCGCUUAGAGUUGGAUCGGAAUCAUGCUGUGCCCAUCAAGGGAGAUGUCACUGUCUGUGAUGCUAUGCUCGCCAAGAUAGCCACACUCAGGGAAUUAAGCAUGUUGCAUAUGGAUGCACUCGCCAAAUUCAAGAGAUCUACACCACAUCUUGAGUUUCCAGCUUUACAUAAGGAACUCUUUUCUGUUGACAGCUGAGUUCACUGCAGCAGAAGCUCAGCUAAGGUAACCUUCCAGACCCUUUUUCAUCACCUGCAGCUGUCAGCAGCUAUGGAGAAGCAGUCUUUCCACUCCCGUUAUUGUCACGGGGACCCUCUUGUUAUUUACAAUGAGUUCAACUGAUGAAUAAAAGACAUCAUUUUCUGUGGGGAGUAUGUUACUGCAGUGAUUCUUUUGCAACAAAGGAGACUUUCUGAGUGUUCAAAAAUAGGUGAAUGGCAUUGAAAUGUCACAUUUAUUUUUAAAAUUAUGGCUCAAGGGUGAGUGUUUUGUGUUAUUUGCUGUGUUGGUCCAGACAUGCUUAAUGAGCAAUGAUGUGGAAUAUAAGGAUGUUAGAGUUUUGCUUAAAACAGACUUUUAAUAUGUGGAAUUGCAAUGCUGAAAGGAUUUCUUUACACAGAACUUGAGACAUUUAGGUCCACUCCUUUUUUUCAAUUUCUGUGUUUAUUUUCACAUAGCAUGUAUGCCAAAAUGCUUUGCAGUGGUUAUGUACAGUGACUAGUUGAUGAUCAAGAUGUGUUUGGUUUUUUUAUAUCUUUCUAGAAAACAGGAAGUUUGUGUACCACUCACAAAGACAUAAAAAGAUCAAAAUUUUUGAAUUUUUUAUUGGACUUACAAUGUAGUACAUGAACUGUAGCUAUGUCUUUUUUAUUUUAAAGAAAUUUAUUCUUAGCUUUUACUAUCUGAAUUUGUAUUGUUGCAGCAUACUAAAAGUGUGGAAAUAUUAAAAUACUGAUAUUAAUAUA